AUGGACGGCAGCACACCUCAGACCGUCGCCCAGGCGGUGCAAGCGGCCACCCAACAAGCACAACAAGCUGCAUCGCAGCCGUCGCCGGUCCAGGCACCGCAAACCACGCAGAGCUCGACCAUCGACAACUUGACCUGCCAGUGGCAGGGUUGCGGCGAGCGAUGCGACAGCGCUGAAGCUCUCUACGACCAUGUCUGCGAGCGCCAUGUUGGCCGUAAGAGCACCAACAACCUCAACCUCACCUGCCAGUGGGGUGCGUGCCGCACCACCACCGUGAAGCGCGACCACAUCACCUCCCACAUUCGCGUCCACGUCCCGCUCAAGCCCCACAAGUGCGAUUUCUGCGGCAAGGCUUUCAAGCGUCCUCAGGAUCUCAAGAAGCAUGUCAAGACCCAUGCGGAUGACAGCGUCCUGAUGAACUCGCCUCAACACGGCCAAGGUCGUACUGCUAGCAGCGGCGGCAUGGGACAGCAGAAUGGGAAGCCAUCCUCCUACUACGGCGGAGGCCACGACUCUGCGAUGGGCAACCCCUACCCAUCAUACCAGCCGGCCAUGACCAACGGCGCUGGUGCUGGCUCUUAUCCCGGUCCUGGUGGCGCUCAAUAUGCUGGAUAUGGCUCCGUCAGCUACCCCAACAGCUCUGCUUUGGCCGACAUCCAGAGCAUGGACACUCGCAGGCGCGCCAUUGAGGCGCUUAAUGACUUUCUUGGUGACAUCAAGCGCCGCGCCAUAGAUCCCAACAACUACUACGACGUCGGCCACCGGCUCCAGGGCAACUCGCUUCCUCUUCCCGUCGGCACCGGCUACAACACUGGAUACAACAACAGCGGCUAUAGCAGUAGCAACUUCAACACUGCCAGCCUUCUUGACUCGUUCAACCAUGGCGGCGGUAUGGGCGGCGGUGGCGGCCACAGUAGUGUCGCUACUCAGGGUUACUCGCUGCCUUUGCCGAAUGCGCGUACCAAGAACGACUUGCAGGACAUCGAUCGUUUCCUCGAGCAGCUGCAGGCGACGGUUUACGAGACCAGCAAGGUCUACGAGAACGGCAGCUCUGCCGCCGCAGCCGGUGUCCAGCAGCCUGGCGUCCACGCACACUUCACCGGCGACUUUGGCAUGGGUAACAACCAGAACCAAUACCGCUCCAGCAACAGCCCGCCGAACUUCCAGAACCAUCUUGGCAACAGCGGCCUCGGAAGUGUCAGUGGCAUGAGCAACAGUUCGAGCAUGCAGGGCGUCACCUCGUCGUCGUCUGCCCUUGACACUCCAGCUCUCACUCCCGCCUCUGUGUCUUCGUACACCAGCUCUGGCCACUCUCCAAUGAGCAGCCAUAGCCGCGCAAGCUUUGGAAGCGUCAGUGGUAACAUGUACCCCAACCUUCCUGCCGUCACUGGCAUGUCUGAUCUUGGAUCCAACUACCCAACCACCACGUCGGCUCCAGCUUCUGGCCUGGCAUCCGGGUUCGAGGGUCUUGACGGUCGCCGAUACAGCGGUGGCAGACUCCAAAGACAAGCACCUCCAACGGCGGACCAGGACACUGAGAUGGCUGAUGCCGACGACGGAAGCCGCACUCCCAAGGCUGAUGAUGCCAAGGACGCCAAGGGCAAAGGGAACAGUAGCAUUGACCCUGCGCUUCGUGGUGAGGACGAGAAAUCAUCAGACUCGGCGUCGACGCCAGCCGCGGCAUCGGAAGGCGAAGACAAGCGCCAGGAAGAAUGGGUCGAGAACAUUCGAGUCAUCGAGGCGCUUAGGAAAUGGAUCGGCGACCGAUUGAAGACUGGAGACUACGCUGAAGCCGAAAAGGGCAACGAGUCCAAAGAGUGCGAGACCAAGGAGGGCGCGUCCAGCAAUGAGGAUGUCGACAUGAAGACGGUCGCCAAGAUGGUAGCCGAGAAGCUUGCUGGCGCCGAGACGGAGAGCAAGCAGCAGCAAGAAAGCGAGGUCAAGUACCCCAGCUUGCCAACUGCUGCUUAA